GCUCUUAUGUGAUGCAAUAGACAAACUAAAGGGGGUUUCUAACUGUUAAGGAGCUGUAAAAGACGUGUAGAUGUUGCAUUUGAAGUGAUAAUAGUUGUCUGGUAGCAUGUAGACCAGUUUAGGAUUCCAGUUUGAUCUCAGGGUGAUUUUAAGGGAAGAAGAUAUCUGUGAUGAGGCUGUGACUGAGACUUUUUCUGAGUUUGGUCCUGAUUGAAGCAAGAAUGGCCACUGCAAAGAAAGCGUCAUCUAAGACAGGGGGUGUUUGCUUUGCCCAGGAACCUGUUGCUGCCGCCGCUCACUCUCAUGUACAUUUUGAUGAGAAACUUCACGACUCCGUCGUCAUGGUAAUACCAGAGUCAAAUGAGAACUUCCUGGUUAAGGUGGGCUUUCUGAAAACUCAGCACAGGUAUGAGAUUGUGUUCACGUUGCCUGAGGUGCUAGGGCUUGGGAAAGAUGUAUGUCCAGCCCCCAUUCCAAAUCCACACCUCCGCAUCACUAAUUUAACGGAAACUCCGGAUGGAGGUCUAAGGGUGACAUGUGAAUAUAUGGUCCAUCAGGAGGGAGUGAUGAGUGAGGAGGUUCAGAUUGUUAGUGAGAGCAAAGACGAUGUGUAUGUGAAGGUCACAGUUCAUGCCCGUGUCAUGGACCGCCACCAUGGGACUCCCAUGCUGCUGGAUGGCGUGCGAUGCAUAGGAGCAGAGCUAGAUUAUGACUCUGAGCAAAGCGACUGGCAAGGAUUUGACUAAACGUCUAAACUUCAUAGACUUUCUAAUCAGUGCCACAUAUCUGCAAUGUGGGUGGGAACAAAAUAUUCCAGAUUAUGAACCCAGUCAAGGGUGCUUUUGUCUGUCAUUGUCUGUCAAAACACACUGUGGUUACUUGCUUGUUCUUACUGUUACAAUGGAAUGAUUGUUUAUUGCAGGUGUUUUUUUUUUUUUUUUUUUUUUACAGGUUUGGAAGAAAAUAAUCAAGCAGUGUGUUAUCCUCUAACUAACUGAAUUCCAGUGUUAUGACUGAAUGUUUAUUUGAGAUUAAAUGCAGUCUUUUGCCUUGUAAUUAAUACUGUAGGGCCUAUAAUUGUGUUCAGCUAAAUCACUAGGAAAUUCUUAAAUUGAACGUGAUCCAAAAACUGUAGGGUGCGCUACUGACCACAAAAUCUAUUUUACACCAUGAACAUUUUGGCAUUAAGUGUGAGUGUGAAUGUUUUGAUUCAUGUGCUGAAAUAGAUUUAAUGGUCUUCAUGCAAAUGUUGUCUGCUUUGAUACAUUUUAAUGUGAUUGUCACUCAAAGGGCUGUUCGGAACCAUUGACAGUGCAUUUGUCUUUUGAUUGUAACAUUGGUCCCCUUUUGUAGAGCCUAAGUGCCUAACAUCAUGUACAUUAUUGUUUAUUCCUUUUUUUUUAAUGUUCUAACCAUUUCCGUUGAAUGUUGCGAGCAUUUUUUAAUUCACCGACCCUGUAUUUGCGAGGUCCCCGAAUUCCCAAAAGGUGGUGGGGGGGCUCGCUCAGGGCGCCAUACAAGCUGGAACUGCCACUGAGUAGCCUAUACUAGUCAAAUAAAAAAGGUUUAUUCCA